AUGAAGAUCGAAAAUAUCGACCUCGACGUAAGUCACUCCUCCCAUGAACUGGUAUCAGGGAUCAGCCUUUCUCUCUCAUGUGAUGAGGCUCAGCGGAAAACAUGGCAAAAUGAGACAGACUCCACUAUAUCUUGGUAUGUGAACAAUGAGGAGAUUAAAAAUCAGAGGUUUGAUUGGAGAGUCACUAUUUCUGCAGAAGGAAUAUUAAAUAUCUGGCCUCUCAUGGAAGAAGAUGCGGGCCAUUACGAGUGUGCAGUAGAUGGUGGUAUAAUGGGUUCUGCUCUCAUAAACGUGAUAUCGAAAUCGGACGCUGUGAUGAAUGGCCUAUACAACUACUUUUAUGUAGCACUGUUCUAUAUACCAGUUGCUGUGUACGCGAUAAUCCUUGUCAGUAGAGAUCUUACAAAACCGCCGAGAAAAUCAAAAAGAGAAGACAAAAUGGCAGCUUUUCUUGAAGAACACGUACUCAAAAACGGACAAGAUGUGAAGGAAAAUAUUGCGAAAAUCAUAUACGGGGAUCAAUUCGAAGAGAGGAAAGAGGAAAUCACGAAGACAAUGGCAGCUGGUGUCGCUCCGAAUGGUAUUUUUUGA